AUGCAUCCAAUACAGACACAGAGUCUGCCCACGUGGGCGCCUUCUCGUAGCAGUGGGAUUUAUAAACCCACUGCCUUUGACGACGAGGAUCCACUGUACCUAUCAGGCGAAGAAACUGACUGUGAAUCGGAACGUGGAAGCGACACGCUGAGCCGUGACGACGAGCAGCUCAUGGCGUGCUUCGUUAAUCUCCAGCGUGGGCGUGCUCGCAAACAGGUUUUGUGUCCAGUGGCGCGUCCUGCUGAGACUUGUACGUCACCUAUCUUGAUUCCCUCGCAGACGCACAAGUAUGUGGCAAAGUCUACCAAGCGGUGGUUGUGGGACGACGAUGACGAGGAGAACGAAGACUGUGACCAGUGCCCGUGCUGCAAUAACCAGAACGGAACUGCUGACGAGCUCACUACCGAGACAAGGGGUGUGGCUGCUAGUGAACUUCUUUUUGACUUGGAGCUCUAG